ACAGGGUCCCUGCUCUGUCAGUCUGCCAAAUCUGGUCCCCCACCCUCAGAUUCACUCCCUAGGUGUGUUUGUUUACUGCUCCCUCCCUGUCUCACUCAGAUGCUCCAUCUCUCCAACUCUAGGAUCUCUGGGUGCAGGUCACAUUCUCCCAGACUCCUGAGCCCCGGGUCCAGCCAUGGGCACCUCCAGCAUCUUCCUCUGCAUUCUGUUCCUCGGUGGGGCACUGGAUAAGGGUCUCGCCACUUCCCCUGCCCGGAGACGGCUCCACUGUUACACCUGCAACUUCGCCAAACCCUGCUACCCUGUUCCUACCGAGUGUCAGGAUGAUGAAGUUUGUGGCAUCAGUAUUGGUACCUCAGAGAACAGUGAGGUCAUCGAGCGGAAAGCCUGCCUCCCAAGGACCCGGCGCUCUCUGCAGGGCCAUGCCACCUACCGGUCACUCUCCUACACUCCUCGGCACCACUGCUGCGAGCAGGACCUGUGCGAUGCAGCCACCAUGCCGCAUCGGCUCCCCAGGCUCCUCCUUAUCACCCCGCUCAUCCUCGUGGCCAGCCUCACCUGGGGAGCCCACCUCCUCCACCAGCCUGCAGCCCAAGACUCUUCCACUAUCGCCAUGGCCCUGGAAACACCUGCACACACUUCUGAGAUCUGCCCAAGAACCUGAUCUUGUACAGAGACCUCACACCCCUUGGGCCCAGCACCUUCACGGACCCCUCCCCAAACCCGAUUCCUACGGGCACUGCUCUAGCCUCUUCCUGCCCAGAGGCACCUACCCGGAGCCCAGCCUCAUACAGAACACCUGUUCUAAAUCUCCGGUCUUUCUAAACGUCUGUGGCUGAUGCAGUCUCUCAGCCCCAGCCCUCUGGCAAGGCAGGCGUUUGACAGAGCUGCGGGUCCCAGGCAAGGGGAUCGAAGGGGCACCAGGUGUGAUGAGGAUGAGGGUCCUGCUAGGAGAGAUUAGUUUCAUAGGUCAGUAAGGAGGGCUUGGGGAACUAUGACGAGUAAAUAUAAUAAAAGUGCUAUCUGGGGAGCAGGGGUUGAGAGUCCGCCUGCUGGACUCUGGUUCCCUGGUGAGGCAGUGGUUGAGAGUCCGCCUGCCGAUGCAGGGGACACGGGUUCGUGCCCCGGUCUGGGAAGAUCCCACAUGCCGCGGAGCGGCUGGGCCCGUGAGCCAUGGCCGCUG